CCGCCCCCGGCUGUGCGGGAGAGACAAUAGAGGGGCCGGGGAUGGAUGGCGAGGUGCGCGCGGCCCCGGGGUGCCUGCGCCGGGGGACGGGGCUGUGACCGGCGCCAGGGAGAAGGGGGGCGAUGCCCCUUUCUGAGCGCAGCCCGCCUCUGUGCUAACCUGGCGGGAUGCGGGAGGCGCCAGGGCUGCUGUGAAGCCGAGUCCUGGGGCUGCCCGGAGGCUGGGACAUGUUGCUGGUGCCCCCCUGAUGCUCGCCGGGCGCUGCUGGUGAGGAGCGACGCGAGGCCACGGUGGGGGCGACCCGAGGCUCCGAAGCCAUGGGGAGAUGCAAUGGGCGAUGCACGCUGGUCGGAUUCUGCUGCCUGCAGCUGGUAGCGGCGCUGGAGAGGCAGAUCUUUGAUUUCCUGGGCUACCAGUGGGCACCCAUCCUGGCUAAUUUUUUGCACAUCAUGGCCGUUAUUUUGGGUAUUUUUGGGACCAUCCAGUACAGAUCCAAAUACCUCAUGAUGUACGCGGUGUGGCUGGUGCUGUGGGUCGGCUGGAACACCUUCAUCAUCUGCUUCUACCUGGAGGUCGGACGCUUGUCGCAGGACCGAGACUUCAUCAUGACCUUCAAUACCUCACUGCAUCGCUCGUGGUGGAUGGAGAAUGGGCCGGGCUGCCUGGUGACACCGGUGAUGAACUCCAACCUGGCACCUGAGGACCAUCACGUCAUCACCGUCAGCGGCUGCCUGCUUGACUACCAGUACAUCGAGGUAGUGAGCAGCGCCACGCAGAUAUUCCUGGCGCUCUUUGGCUUCGUCUACGCCUGCUAUGUCAGCAAAGUGUUCCUGGAGGAAGAAGACAGCUUCGACUUCAUCGGUGGGUUUGACUCCUACGGCUACCAGGCGCCGCAGAAGACGUCACACCUACAGCUACAGCCGCUCUACACCUCCGGGUAACCUCCUCCUGCCCUGGAUCCAGCCUGGUCUGCCGUGGGAGCUCGAGGCGACAGGACCUGGCUAGAGCCAACUGUCCCACACCCUAUGUCACAACGCUGGCGAGGUGUGGGGGACAACACUGAGCCACCUGGUCUCCUCCUGCCUCCUUGCAAGACCCCCCAAAACGGAGCCAGGAGCUGCACAUCCAUCCCAGCCUGGAUGCCUGCGAUCCCAGACCACCCAUCUGCAGCAGGACUGGGGCGGCUGGAUCUGAGGGCCCUCCCCUGAGCCGUGCUGCCCCCCACCCCGGGCUCCCAAACCCUCGCCGGGAUGGGGACAUGGGGACAUGUGGGGAGGUGGCAUUGCUCACUGGACACUGUUUUCUUCUGUUUCUCGCAGCCUGUAUUUUCCUAGAAGCAGUGGGGCCCCAGGCAGGAGGGGGGCCUGGAGAGGGAUUGGGGCAAAAAUCAGCCGGUUUGGAGCAAAUUGAGACCAGUGGCAGGGGAUAAACACCGCUUUGGGGACAGCGGGGCACAGAGAGCAGCUUCAUCCUCCAUGGGUUUGGGACAACUUCCCAAAGCGUCUGGUUUGGAGUAGGGUUGACCCCAAAAACAGGGGGUUUGCUCACAAGAAUGGAGGGUUUGCUCCUAAAAAAUAGCGGGAUUGCUCCCAAAAAUAGGGAUUUUGCUCCCCACGGGAAUUUUCCAGGUGCCCUUGGUUGGAUGAAACGGCAUCAAAGGGGCUCAGUCUGGGAUGCUCCCCUUGCCUCAAGGCACUGGAUCCGGCUGUGAGCAUCUUGCCUCGACCCCCCCCAAAUCUGGGGACACGGGGGGACACACAGCACCCCAAAAGCCCUCUGCAAAGUCCCCGUCUCCCAGGUUUCGGGUGUGGGGGGGCCUUGCUCAAAUUUGGCAAUACUGACACUGCUUUUGACACAGCCUCUUUCCGGCUGUUUUAACGAAUCUAAUGAAUGUUUUAGGUUGGUUUCUUUUUAAUUAUCGGAUUCUUUUUUUUUAAUUUAAAGUGCCUGUUUAGACUCUGGCUGAGCCCGAUCUCCCCCAAGGCUGACACCGUGCCUUUAGCAUCGCUCUGCACCCCACCCCAGCUGCCCCAGCCCCUCUUCCAGGGUCAGCUCGGGGCAUAGCCAACCCCUCCAUCCUUUGGGGGUCUCGGUGGCAAAUCCAUCCGUUGGGUUUGGUGGCAGAAGAGGGGAGACGUCGGCAAGUGGGGAGUGGUUAUUUUGGGGUGGGGGGGGGAUGUGCAAGGGUUGGGCAGCAAAAUGAAGACAAGCUGAGAAUGAGAAGCCUUGGAAGAAGCUGGAAGGAAAAAAGUUGCUUCAUGAAGCGUCCGACCUCCUUGGUCUCCUUUUUCUCCCAGAGGUGGGAUGGGGUUUCUCCUGGAUCUGGCCCCAAGCCCACCCUUUGCAUCUGCGAGCAGGGUGGGAAUUUUCCCUCCCAGGUGUUUUUCCUCCAGUCCUGGGGGUUAUUCGGGGAAUUUUUUUGCCCUCUGGAGUGAUUUUUGUCCUACCCACAAGCAGCCGUGAAGUGCCAACAACCAAAGCCUCCAAAACCCUGGGCAGAGGAUGGGCUGCAUCCCCCACCAGCCCCUCCGCUGCCUCCAGCCAAGCUGUGAACUCUACAGGCAAUAAUUUUUCCACUCUUUCUCCCUCCUUUUUUUUCCAAGGAAAAUUGCAUUUUUCAAGCAACGACUCCUCCCCAGUCCCCAAAAACACAUCCCCAGACUCUGCCCAGCCCGGGGACAGCAGCAUCUCCAGGGUUGCUUUUCCCGUCCAGGAUGAAGGACGCUCUCGCUGGCCCGUGGUGGGAUGGGCUGGGCAGGCGCCUGCCUGCUCGAAGCCCUUUUCCAACCCAGCAGGAAGCAGAAGGAAAAGCUUGCCAUCAUUUAAAACUCAGCUGAAAGAGCUUCCCUCCCUCCUGAGCUCGGCAGGAGCCAGGCACAGGCGCUCUGCGACCUUUGUUUUUUCUUUUCCGUUGGCUUGUUUUUAUAUGAGACUGUAUUUGUAACGUGAACCGAGGAUUUCUUUUCUAUUCUGUAAUUAUAAAAGUUGAAGGAAAGUUUCACCCGAUGGUUGGUCUGGU